AGGGUUUCAGUCACGUGAUUAUGAUGACGCGCGAGGGAGGGAAGAAGGCAGAUGGAGGGCAGGAAGUAAACAUGGAGAAUACGUCUAUAGAGGAAACCGUUGCAGAAAGUCAGUAUUGUACGGAUUUAGAUCCAGUUUCAAGACAUAGAUACAAGGAGUUAAUUAACAGAUAUGUUGGACGUGACCCGUACCUCAUGAAGAUGAGUGAGUUUUCAGUAGAACUGAAAGAUUUACCGACAGUUGAGGCUGUUGACAUCACCAACUAUCUGGUCCUUCAGACAUCGUACUACACCAGACAGCAAAUGAAGGCCUAUAAAAGUCUGGAGGCAUACAACUUUUUUGUCAACGGAUGGGUCCACAAACUCGGUGUCAAACGGCUCCACGAUGAUCAUCGUUUGGUCUUCGCCAGAGUAAACCACUCUCAGAGGUCAAGCGAAACACCUCUGAAGACCUGGAUUAUUGCAAAGGAGGCUGGAGAAGUCAUUGCAGCUCAUUGCAAUUGCAUGGCAGGACUAUCAGAAUCGUGUUCUCAUGUAGGGGCAGUUCUUUUUUCCAUUGAAGUUGGGGUAAAGAUGCGAGAUUCAGCUUCCUGCACAACAGAGCAGUGCAAGUGGCUGAUGCCAUCACAUGUAAAAAAGAUUCCUGCUGCUCCAGUAGCUCUGAUUGACUUCUCCUCAGCAAAAGCAAAAAAAAUAAAGCUUGACCGUUCCAUUGAUGGCAGGACAACUGACAACAAGGUUGGGAAAUCACUUCCAUGCCCAAGAGUGAAGAGAGGGUCAGAAACAUAUGCUAGGUUUUUUGAGACAUUAAGCAAAAACUGUCCAAGGAGUGCAGCACUGAUGGCUAGGGAGCCUUACCACAAAGAAUUCAUUCCCAAAUCUUGCAUGCUUCCUAAAACUGUUCUUGAAUACAGAACACCAGAGACUCUGCAGCUACCCCCCAAAGAGCUUGGAGAGCUAUGCCAGGAUUUCCAGCUAGAAGAGCUCACCCUGUCUCAUGUUCAGGCUGUAGAGAGGGCAACUCGAAGGUGA